AUGGCUACACCACGCUUUCUUACAGCGCAGAAGAUCAGUCUCCUAGUCCUUACCCGAUUGUACUGCAGCUCCUCUCUCCCCUCUUCUGCGACGAUACCCAUUCUCUCCUUCAUCUUGUCGAACAGCAUACCUUCAGCACGGUCUAGUGCCCGGCCACAGCGCUCGACCAGUUCCAAUCAGCAAGACACAGCCUUCUCUAUUGAUGCGUUCGAACAUGUCCUUCAGGAGCAUGCAUCAAGUAUGCCGGGGCGGACUCUCUUGGAUCAUUUUCUCAAGCAAAUGUGGGAGAUGAACUCAUUUGACUCAUUGCACGCUCUAUUCGAUGGUAUUCUGGAUCUGAUCGCUCCUGCACCGCCAACCGCUCACGAUGAAGAAGCGUCGGACCGGAUAUAUCUCUCAAAAACAUCGCCUCUUGGCGCCUUUGUUCGGAGGGCCCAUCUGGAGUUCACAAGGUUGCAAUUUGAUGACUCGAUGAAGCUCUGGUCAUCGUUCAUCAAGUACAGGGCCCCGACAGCGCAAUGGACAAAGAGAUUGGCGGGCCUUGCUUCAAGUGGUGUCGAUUCAGUCAUUUCCGAGAUGGGGCUCCAUCCCGGUGACGAUUUGUAUGAAGCCGCGUAUGGCCAUCUAGACGAGCAGGAGGAGGAGGGGGCAGGCAUGGGUCAGGACGAUCUGAAUCGAAUACUGGAGUUUCAACUUGACCGUUUACAAAAGUUUGGAGACCGCGUUCCAAAUGAGAUGAAGAGCCAACUCCGAAGCAUGGUCAACUCUUCAGGUCUGGUACAUCGACAGGCGCAUCUCGUACAAUUUUUCGAUGCGUGGAAAGCCGGUGAUUACACAUCUGCUUUCGACGACCUGCACCGCUACUACGACUAUGCUAUACAGACUCGAGAGAAGUUCCAUUACCAGUAUGCUCUGCUGCAUAUGGCCAUCAUGCAAGCGGACUUUGGCUGCUUCGGGGAGGCCAUUGCUGCUAUCAAUGAGACGAUUGCGACAGCUAGAGAGAAUCAGGAUAUAGCAUGCUUGAGCUUCAGUCUCAGCUGGCUGAAUCAUAUGUCCAGGGCGUAUCCGAAGCAGAUGAAGGGCGCGGGAUAUAUCAGUAUGCUUGGCAGCGAAAGAGAUGCAUUAACGUUUCUCAAAGCAAAGGCCAAGGAAACGAAGUCGUACAGUUUGCUCAGUGCGAGUCUACUCAAUGAAGCAAAGCUUACUCUCACAACGGGCGACUCGGUCUCACGAGCUAUCGAACACAUCUACCAAUCCUCCCAUCUCAAUAUCAAAGAAGAUCUUCACAGCUACGGCUCCCUGAUGCUGCUAACAGCGUCUCUUUACAACCGAAUCGGUAUUCCACAUCUUGCCAACGUCCAUUGCGAGCUACUCCUCGACUGCUACUCGCGCUCACCUACAGAAGAGCGUCUCCGCGCCAUCGGUCGCCGAGCAUUCGUCAUGAGCCAGCUCGGCCGCUACGACGAGGCCAUCUCCAUCCUCGAGGCCGUCGAUCCAUCCGUGCACAAGAGGCUCAAGUUCCAUCAAUACCUUGUUCUCUGCAUUGGAAUUAUCAAGCUCAGGAGAGCGAUUCGGAGAUCCGACUGGCCAGCUGCCACACACCUUCUCGAGACACUCAAGCCGACAUCAUCUCCUUCCUACCCACCCUUGGACCCGGAAAUGUCUUUCAUCCAACACGAGACGUACAUUGACUAUCUGAUAUCCACAAACCAGUUUGCCCUCGCAUACGAGACCAUCGCUUCUCUCGCCCAAUCUCUCAAGGAAGAUAACGCCGAUAUCUACCAGCGCGUCUCUGUCUUGUUGAUGCAAGCAGAUGUAUGGAGAAGAGUGGGGAAACCAGAGAGAGGAUUCAGCGUUGCGCUGCGAGCGGCGAGUGCUCUGGAAGGCAAGGAUAAUAUGCUUGUGGGUACACUCUAUUCGCAUCUCGCGGACUCGCAUAUGGGUCUUGCAAAUCCCGAUGCUGCGUCAUCUUCACAUGCUAGUAUCAUGUCUCCAUCUACAGCCAAAUCACCGCGCUUUCCAGCGAUGCGCUCCCGGUCAGCCAACGUGGCUAAAGCGGAACUGUACAUUGAUCGCGCAAGGGACUGUUUCAAGAGAGCGGCCUACGUAGAUGGCGAGUGCGAGCAACUGAUGAAGAAAGCCAUGAUAGCGAAAUUGAGGGGGGACGAGAAAGUGGCGGAGGAAUGGGCAAUGAGACAUAACCAAGUUUGGGAGGAGGCAUUUGGCACGCAGAGGUUUUGA